AUGGCUCUAUCACGCCGACUCGCCAUUAUCGCCGGUGGUCUUGGCGGCCUCGGGUCCGCAACUGGCAAGAUCCUGCGGUCGCAAGGCGCGUGGCUCGCACUGCUCUACGCCCCCUUCGAAGCAAACAGGACAAAGGAGCUCCUUCGCAAAGGCUAUGGGAAAGACUUCGCACCAGAAGAAAUCCGCACCUACGAGUGCGACAUCACCUCCCCUUCAUCGGUGCAGUCGGCAUUCGCUCGAUAUCCUCAGAUCUGGCCGCGGGGGAUGCGUCCUCGGCAGCGCCGGCGUUCCCGAGCAUUCUCGAGACGAUGGAAACAUCUGAAUACCAAACUGCUGGGCCCCAUGCUCUGCAGCCAGGCUUUUGCGAGGCUCUAUCUUGCGGUGGCGAAGGCGGCAGCACCGACGGCCGCGCCCCCGGGGAGGAUCGUGAGCGUGAGUUCGCAGGCAGCCCACGUGGCACUGUGGAAGCAUGGCGCGUACUGCACAUCGAAAGCAGGACUGAUGGGUCUCACGAGGAACAUGGCAAGCGAAUGGGGACCUAAGGGUAUCACGGCGAACACCGUAUCGCCGACUGUCGCCUGGACGGAGCUAGGCUAG